CGGUUUUUAAGGAGCUCCUAAUAAUACAAAAAGGAAAGCACACCUUUCGCGACCAAAACAAUCAGGAAAAAUAAGUUAAUAAAAGAGCCACUACGGCACCCAAAAACAAAGUGAGACGCAAACCAAACCCAAAGCAAGUUUUACAUUGUCAAACGACCACAACAUCACUCGAUCAUGGAAAGCUACAUGCAACCGUCUCCCCAGGAGCUACGUGUACCUAUCAAACCUCAUCAAUUCAGUCCAGGCGAAGUUCAGAAACUCUACCAUGUCUACGACGAUUGUUCUCAGACACAGCUCUCUGAAGUCGGCAUCGUGUGCGGCAAUAGUUGCUGUUAUAUAUCCGAACCACAGAACGACAUCACCGUCACGAGCAUAUUGCGGCAUCUAGACUGGAGUAAUCGUUGUCCAACUCCAUUUAUUUCAUUUUAUGACAACAGAGAGAGGGCAUUCAAAGAAGCUAAUCGGAGGCGCAAGAUGCCUGUAUGGUGGCGGGACCGGAUGUCAGUCAAGGUCGCUGAAAUACAACUAACGAGGGACUCGGCGGUGUGGGUGUUCUCAAAGAAAGAUCUUUUAUGUAUACUGGGCUCUCACCCGGACAUCUCUCGGAUGGCGGACCGUAGUGAGUGGUUUGCUUGGGGUGUUCUGCCAGAAGAAUACGUCGUGGGUUUGUGGUUCCUCGAAAGUUCUGGAAAUUGGAGCUACCAGCGGCUCAAGAACGGCCAGUAGAUUGGAUAGAGCUAGAAUAUUUCCUACUAUCAGCAUGGAUUAGACCGAUGCCAACAGUAC